AGUUGAUCCAAGAGUAAAUUUAAGUUCUCGCGAUUUUCUUUGGUUUUUGUUGAGUUUUUAAAGAUGUCCGAGGAAGGCAGCCCUUCUCUUUUAAACCUGCCGGAUUUCCGUAAACAAAAAAAUACCACUUUGUCGCCCAAUUCCCAGGCAAACGGUUCUCCUGAAGCUGAAGGGGGCGAAAGAAAAGUGAUUAUAAGACGUAGAAUUAUCAAUCCUUUUAGCGAUUCUGAUUCCGAAUGCGAAUCAAUACUGAAAAAGGUGGAUUUUGUACAAAGUAAUAAAAAAAACAUGAAAAAUCCAUCGAUACUAGAGAAGGAGAAGCAAAUGAAAUUUCUGCUGGAGAUUUUUCCCAACUUGGAAGCAAUGGUCAUACAUGACGUUCUCUCAAAACACAGCUUCAACACUGACUCUGCAGCUGCUGAGCUGUCCAAAGAGCACGGCCAAAGCCAGGUGCCUCAAAGGGUGUACUCGGAGUGGAAGCAAAACUACGAAGAAAGGCAAAACAAAAGUGAAAUAGACAAUGUUCUUAAAUACCAACAGCAGCAGAUGCAGCAAAGUGUCAGCUACCAGAACUACCAGCUGCCAAAAAGCAGGGGCUAUGAGAACAGGCAAAACGGGACGAGUAGCAGUUUCAAGAGGAAAAAUAUUGAUGUGGAUAUGAUGCCCAGAAAAAAAAAGGCCAGAAGAAGAAGAAGCUCAGAAGAUAGUGAUGACAGUCUGGGGAGCCUUAGAGAUUUUAAAGAUAACAGAGUAUUUGACAGCGACGAAGACUCUGACGUAGAAAUAAGUAACGAACUCACGGGUGAUAAGAAAAAAGUAUUAGAAUUUUUCGAAACUGCCACUAUAAACGAACUGCAAUUAAUGCAGAGUUGUAGCAAGAAAAAAGCCGAAUAUAUCUGUGAUGCGCGACCUUUCAACGGCUGGAUCGAUUUGGUGGAAAAACUGCAGUCGAACAAAAUCGUGAGCACGGACCUCCUGAACAGCGCGCAGCGCGUUCUGGCCACCAGAAACAACAUACGAGCGCUGAUGCGCAAGUGUUCCAACAUCGCGCAGGCGCUGGAGCGCGCCGUUGCCGCCGGCGCUGGCGUCAAAAUGCAACCGCGCAAUCUCUCUUCCGCGUUAAAACUGACGGGUUACCAGAUGGUGGGUUUAAAUUGGCUGGUGGUGAUGUUCAAUCAGGGUGUGAACGGGAUUUUGGCGGACGAAAUGGGCCUCGGAAAAACGGUGCAAGUGAUUUCGUUUUUGGCGCACCUAAAGGAGAUUGGUGCGGCCAAAAAUACGCAUUUGGUCAUCGUGCCCUCGUCCACCUUAGACAAUUGGCGUUCGGAGUUUGCGCGCUGGUGCCCCGAGUUGCGAGUCUUCAUGUACUACGGCAGCACCGAAGAGCGCCGCGGUUUCCGCUUCGACCUGGCCAAAGGGAUGCUGGCCGAUUUCGACGUCAUUUUGACGACGUACACCAUCGUCGCCAACACGCCCGAAGAGCGGAAAAUGUUCCGCGUCACGCCGAUGCACUACGUCGUCUUCGACGAGGCUCACAUGCUGAAAAACAUGAACACGCAGCGCUACGAGAACCUGAUCAGGAUAAAUGCCAAACACAGGAUUUUGCUGACCGGCACCCCGUUGCAAAACAACCUGUUGGAACUGAUGUCCCUCCUCAACUUCGUGAUGCCCAAAAUAUUUUCCGAGAAGGUGGACGAUUUGAAGAGCCUGUUCCAAAAAAAUUCCAAAGGCAAGCAGGAGGACGACACGCUGCCGGCCUUCGAGCGCGAGCAGAUCGAGCAGGCCAAGCGCAUAAUGAAGCCGUUCGUGCUGCGCCGCCUCAAGUGCGACGUGCUGCAGGACCUGCCGAAGAAGUCGGACCACGUGGCGGUGGUGCCGCUGGCCGCGUCGCAGAAGCACAAGUACGAGCAGCUGGUCGGGUCGUUUCAGAGCGCCAGCGCCGAGACCGGCUACAACGGCAUGUCGAUGAUGUCCGACCUGCGCAAGCUGUCGAACCAUCCGCUCUUGCUGCGCUACAACUACGGGCUCGAUAAAAUUACCGCGAUCGCGAAGAUCUUGGCCAGCGAUCCCAAUUACAAGGACACCAAGGUCGAGUACAUCGUCGAAGAUUUGACGUGGAUGUCGGACUUCGAGAUACACACCAUGGCCAAGAAUUUUAGGACUCUCACAAAGUUCAUUUUGCCCGACAACCUUUUGACCGUUUCCGGUAAGUUUCAUCACUUGGACAACAUGCUGCCGGAUUUGAAGUCCAAUGGGCACCGCGUGCUGAUUUUCAGCCAAUACGUGAUCAUGUUGAACGUGAUGGAGGAGUACUUGCGAGUCAGAAAUCACAGCUACCUUAGGCUGGACGGAAGCACGGCCGUCAACAUAAGGCAACAACUGAUAAACGAGUACACCGAAGACCGCAGCAUUUUUAUAUUUUUGUUGUCGACGAAAGCCGGUGGUUUGGGCAUAAAUUUGACGGCUGCAGACACGGUGAUAAUUCACGACAUCGAUUUUAAUCCCUACAACGACAAGCAAGCCGAAGACAGGUGUCAUCGUAUGGGACAAACGAGACCUGUCACUGUUUACAGGCUGAUAUCCGAAGGGACCAUUGAAGAGGGAAUGUUGCAAAUGAACAAGGAAAAACUUAAGUUGGAGCGAGAAAUCACGACAGACGAAACCGACAAUCCCGACGUGAGAAGUGUGGUUAGGAUACUUUCGAGUGCUUUGGGAAUUGACCAAUCGAAAGCCAACAGCCUCGUCUCCCCAAAAAAGAAAACCUGAUUAACGUAGUUUUUAUUUUAGUUAAUUUAUUUACCUCUGAACUUUAUUCAACCGACAUUUUUUUUACUUUCACCAGCAUAAUACAAUCCAGUUAAUGCUGAACAGUAGCACAAGUGAUUUCUUAAAUUUGUUAGUAAGAUAAUAUAUUUGUUUAAUUUUAUAUUUGCUGUAAUAAAAAUAAUGAAUGGAA